CUAGUAGUGAGGCUCGGUGCUCUGGUGAAAAUUGCUGUUAAUUCUAAUGGACUCCUCUACUUUCCUCUACGAUGUCCCUCCGUUCAUUAUCGAGCGGUUUUGUAAAAUCAUGGACAUCGGAGAUGACAGGUUCGGCUGGCGUGGACUAGCCACCCGCAUUGCCCCUAGCUGGUCAGAGGUGCGCGUGAUGGAGCGUCUGGAGGCAGUGGGACGGAGUCCCACCAGUGAACUUCUGUGGUCCUGGGCCCAGCAGAACAAAAGGGUGCAGGACCUGAUCAGUGUGCUGCAGGACAUGGGCCAUUGCAGGGCAUUGAAGCUCUUCCUGGAUCAGGAGUCAUCUCCGGCCUCCAUUGAUGAACUGCCAGACUGUGCAGGAAAGAACUCACCACUUAAUUUGCACAAGGAGUCCUUCCACUCAAACAAGAGUCCUUCAAGUCCAUCAUCAAGUGAUGGUAACAUUGCUGGCCUGACAACAGAGGGGUGCAAGCAACAUACAAUCACUUUCCAAGACAUCAUCAAAGGAAGCAAAAAUUUUCAUCAUGACAUGAAAAUUGCUGGGGGCCACUUUUCAGAUGUAUACAGAGCACAAACCGGCCAUAAAACCUUUGCAGUGAAGCUUUUUAAACAGGUAAAUACAGCAUCUUGGAAGAAGCUAUGGGAUAUGUUUAGAAGAGAGGUGGAAGUCCAUCAGUUGUACAAGCAUCCAAACAUCUUAGAGUUGUUGGGCUGCUUCUCUGAGAGGGGCCAAUACUGCCUGGUCUAUCCCUACCUCCCCAACGGCUCUCUCUACCACAGACUACACUAUCAGGAUGUCGAUCCUCCUUUGUCCUGGUCUGAGCGUCUCGUCAUCAUCAAGGGCACUGCAAAGGCCUUGCAUCACCUUCAUGCAGCCCUGCCCCAGCCAGUCAUCUGUGGCAACAUUUCCAGUGCAAACAUCUUCCUGGAUGAAGGCCUGCAACCAAAGCUGUCUGAUGUUGGGUUGGCUUGUCUCCGGCCUCAGUCAACCAAUCAGAGCUGUACCAUCACUCUGGAUCUGAAUUUCCACAGCAACCUGGGAUACCUGCCCGAAGAAUACAUCCGAGAUGGCAAGCUGUUCUUCAGUGUGGAUGUAUACAGCUUUGGAAUGCUUAUAAUGGAAACAGUAACAGGACGCAAAGUUAUAGAGGAAACACCCAAACACACACUGCUGAGGGAUGUCCUGGCCGCUGAGGUGGAGAACAGUGGAAGUGUGGAUUCAUGUCUACAGUUUGUGGAUGCAGCUGGGCAGUGGCCAGCUGGCAUGGCCCUCACCCUGUUGGGCUUGGCCCUGGACAGUACUGCCAGCCGCCAGCGCACCAGACCCAAUACGGAGACACUGCUGCAGGUGUUAAGUCAGCUGCUUCCUGCGCCUAGCUGCCCUCGUGGUGACCAACCUGACAUUCUGGAUGGUGGAGCCCUAUCCAAUAACCAACCCCAAAGUCUGCAUGAUGAAGGCCUAUCCAAUAACCAACCCCAAAGUCUGCAUGAUGACGCCCUGUCCAAUGUCCAGCACCUCAGUCUGGAUGAUAGACCCCUCCCCGAUGCCCAGCUAAGACCCUUGCCCUCCAUAGCUGUAGAGAAUGAUGAACAGCACAACUCUGUCUGUAGCCCCACAGCCACUCCAGGCCAGACAAGGCCCUGUGAAUGCAGCCAGUCGGAGGUGACCUUCCUCAGUAGCUCUGCAGAUCUGCGUGGCGAGGGAGCUGAAGUUGACUUGUACAGCAGCUGGCCUGUACAGUGUAGCUGCCCAGCUGAGGCAGACGGAGUUGCCUGUGAGGAUUGUAGGGCCAAUGGCUUCUCUUCCAACCUCUCAGACAUACCUCCUACUGACAUUAUGGUGGUGGAAAACCCUGCAAAGCAGAGACUGAGGAACAAGCUCAGGCAGUACAACAAAGGCCUGCUCCAGACAGAGGAGCUCCUCUCUAUGACAGGAUAGCAACAGUGAGGAAGGAUCUGCAAACCCAACUUCCUGUUACUGACAUCACUGCAUAUAUUAUGAGUCGACACUGUGGGCUUGUCACUGUGAGACAAAUUGAAAUGAUAGUGGUCUGUGUAUAGAUGUUUGGAAUGCUAAUUCUCUGUAGAAU